CCCUCCGACCCCACCGAGAAGCAGCACCCCAAGCGGCUCCAUGUCUCCAACAUCCCCUUCCGGUUCAGGGACCCCGACCUGCGGCAAAUGUUCGGGCAAUUCGGAAAAAUUUUAGACGUGGAGAUCAUUUUUAACGAGCGGGGCUCCAAGGGCUUUGGGUUUGUAACUUUUGAAACUAGCUCAGAUGCUGACCGAGCCCGGGAGAAGCUGAACGGGACGAUCGUAGAGGGACGGAAAAUUGAGGUCAAUAACGCCACCGCCCGAGUCAUGACCAACAAGAAGACGUCGAACCCCUACACCAACGGCUGGAAGCUCAACCCCGUGGUGGGCGCCGUCUAUGGGCCUGAAUUCUAUGCAGGUAAAAGGCUGAAGCGAUGGAGGGGGCUGGUUGCGCCGCCCCCGCCCCCCAUCCCCGCGUACGGAGCGGUCGUGUAUCAGGACGGCUUUUAUGGUGCUGAGAUUUAUGGAGGCUAUGCCGCCUACAGAUACGCCCAGCCGGCCGCGGCCGCCGCGGCAGCAGCAGCAGCAGCAGCCUAUAGCGACAGUUACGGCCGAGUCUACACAGCUGCCGACCCCUACCACCACCCCAUCGGCCCCACGGCCACCUACAGCAUCGGGACCAUGUGAAAGUGUCCACCGUUUCCUUCUCGGACCGCGAAGGGCAAAAACAAAAAACAAAAAA